AUGUCUCGCCAGUCAACCGUGUCCUUCCGGAGCGGGGGCAGCCGCAGCUUCAGCACUGCCUCUGCCAUCACCCCGUCCGUCUCCCGCACCAGUUUCACCUCCGUGUCCCGGUCCGGGGGUGGCGGCGGUGGCGGCUUUGGCAGGGUCAGCCUUGGGGGUGCUUACGGUGCCGGUGGCUUUGGCAGCCGGAGCCUCUACAACCUAGGGGGCUCCAAGAGGAUUUCCAUCAGCGCCAGCGGCGGUGGCUUCAGGAACCGAUUUGGCGCUGGUGCUGGAGGCGGCUAUGGCUUUGGAGGUGGAGCCGGGAGCGGAUUUGGCUUUGGCGGUGGAGCUGGCGGUGGUGGCUUUGGGCUCGGUGGUGGAGCUGGCUUUGGAGGUGGCUUCGGUGGUCCUGGCUUUCCUGUGUGCCCCCCUGGAGGCAUCCAAGAGGUCACCGUCAACCAGAGUCUCCUGACUCCCCUCAACCUGCAAAUCGACCCCACCAUCCAGCGGGUGAGGACUGAGGAGCGGGAGCAGAUCAAGACCCUCAACAACAAGUUUGCCUCCUUCAUCGACAAGGUGCGGUUCCUGGAGCAGCAGAACAAGGUCCUGGACACCAAGUGGACCCUGCUGCAGGAGCAGGGCACCAAGACCGUGAGGCAGAACCUGGAGCCUUUGUUCGAGCAGUACAUCAACAACCUCAGGAGACAGCUGGAUGGUAUUCUUGGGGAGAGAGGCCGCCUGGACUCGGAGCUCAGGAACAUGCAGGACUUGGUGGAGGACUUCAAGAACAAGUAUGAAGAUGAAAUCAACAAGCGUACCACUGCCGAGAAUGAAUUUGUAAUGCUGAAGAAGGAUGUGGACGCUGCCUACAUGAACAAAGUGGAACUAGAGGCCAAGGUCGAUGCACUGAUGGACGAGAUCAACUUCAUGAAGAUGUUCUUCGAUGCGGAGCUGUCCCAGAUGCAGACGCAUGUCUCAGACACAUCUGUGGUCCUGUCCAUGGACAACAACCGCAGCCUGGACUUGGACAGCAUCAUUGCUGAGGUCAAGGCCCAGUACGAAGACAUUGCCAACCGCAGCCGCACAGAAGCUGAGUCCUGGUACCAGACCAAGUAUGAGGAGCUGCAGCAGACUGCAGGUCGCCAUGGUGAUGAUCUCCGUAACACCAAGCAUGAGAUCUCUGAGAUGAACAGGAUGAUCCAGAGGCUGAGAUCCGAGAUCGACAACGUUAAAAAACAGUGUGCCAACCUGCAGAAUGCCAUCGCUGACGCUGAGCAGCGUGGGGAGCUGGCCCUCAAGGAUGCCAGGAACAAGCUGGCGGAGCUGGAGGACGCCCUGCAGAAGGCCAAGCAGGACAUGGCACGUCUGCUGAGGGAGUACCAGGAGCUGAUGAACACCAAGCUGGCCUUGGACGUGGAGAUCGCCACCUACAGGAAGCUGCUGGAGGGCGAGGAGUGCAGACUGAGUGGAGAAGGAGUUGGACCAGUCAACAUCUCUGUCGUCACAAACACCGUUUCCUCAGGCUACGGUGGUGGCAGUGGCUUUGGAGGUGGCCUGGGCGGUGGCCUGGGCGGUGGCCUGGGCGGAGGUCUGGGCGGAGGUCUUGGCGGAGGCGGCAGCAGCAGCUUCUACUCCAGCAGCAGUGGGGGUGUUGGCCUAGGCAGUGGGCUCGGUGUCGGGGGCUCUGGCUUCAGUGCAAGCAGUGGCCGAAGCUUGGGCUUUGGCAGUGGUGGGGGCAGCAGCUCCAGCGUCAAAUUUGUUUCCACCACUUCCUCCUCUCGGAAGAGCUUCAAGAGCUAA